UGGACCAAGAUGCAAGGCAAGUCGUUGUGCUUGUGCAGAUUUUUUGGGGGUUGAAAAAGGCCAUUAUUUGAGCUGUCUCUGGAAAAUGGAAACAACCACUGCUGCUAGCCUGCUACUCCUAGUACUGUUUAAAAUUUAGACUCUUUUUUUUUUUUUUGGGUCUUUAUUAAUUUAAUUUUCCAUUUCCGCUUUUGGGGAAGAUUUCAAACUGUGGCACCACCCCGCUCUCUUCAGUCUCCCAAACACUCCACAGCUGAGGCUGAGACGCUCUCUUCUUCACAAUAUAAUCCUCCACUACCAGCCUUCCCUUCCCUGUUCCUCUCUCUUUUCAUUUCCCAUUUCCAAUUUCUCAGCAUUGCCGGCGAAGGGAGGAGCUCGCAGGGAGGCGCAGUAAGCUCACUCCCUCUCCUCCUUUCUAUCUGAUUCCCUGUUUGCUCUCCCGGGGAAUGUGUGUUUGAUGGCGUUUUGAUUUGGGUACUUGUUCUUGCUUGAAUCGCAUUCUGUUAAGGGACGGCGGAAUUUUGACUUCCCUUUCACGAGAUAGAUCUGCGGCGGAGGGGCUUUUUUCCUCGCCGCCGUGGUCUUUCUUGCCCUCAUUUUGAUUUUGAUUUUUUGUUUCUUGGUUCCUGAGUGGGAAGCAUUUUAAAAUUUUGGUGGGGGUGUGUUUUCGACCUACUGCAUUGCGGAUUCUUUGGAGCUGGUUUUCGGGGACGAGGAAUCAGAAUUCCCUCUGACGAGCUCUCCGAUUUGCUGAAAUUUUGUUAUUUCUUCGGCGGGUUUGUGGACUUUCGGCUCAGCUGGGAUUCUGUUUCAUUUUUAGGAGGAAUUGUCUGUUGUUUCUCCAUUUGGGUACACGGGAUGAACAGAUCCUGGGUCAAAGUUCGGAAAUUUUGAUUCAUUUUGAAGGGGGAAAAUUAUGGGGUUUUUUUUUUUUAAAUCUGGGAAAUGUGCCUACUUUCUAAAUGAGAAAAUGCCUAAACGAGAAAAAUGUGUGCUUUUCUGUUGAUGUGUUCUUCAGAUCUCUUUCCUUGGUUCUACAUCUACCCUGAGGCCACGGAUCUAGUUCUUCCUCUAAGCAAAACCUGUAAAGAUUAUACAGUUUUGUUGGGACUAUUGUGCUUGCUUCUAAAUUUACUUCAAGCACACCAAUGAGAGCGUUGGAGCUCAUUACCAGGAACCAGGAUGCGACUGCAAAGGGACCCUGCUUAAAUUGAAGUUAAAAUCUUUGAAGUGCUCGGGAAUUUUUUGAAGUUACUUUGACAUCGUGUUCCAAAUGGUUGGCUGGUUGUUUUAGUCAAAUUCUUUUGAUUUGUAUUUUUUUUUCUUUUAUAAAAAAAAAGAUGGAUUUGGUUUGGUUACCUAACGUGGAGAUGUGUUUAGAUCGCAAUGAAUGUGGUCAUAGAAGUGAAACUCUAAGCUCUGAUCUCAUAUCAACUCAUUGUUAGUGGAUCUAUCAAACGACUGUAUUUGGUUGCGUUAACUUAAGUUUAGUAAUGAUACUCAGCGAGAUGAACUUAGAUUCGGUGUUUAUAGAAGACGCCUUAUUUGCUUGUGAUGACUGAAUUGCACUUGCCAUUGCAGGUACAAUGAGCAGUGUGUCAAUUUGAAGUUUCGUGCUUCAACACUUGCUCUCAAGGCAAAGCAACAUGAACAAGGAAAAUAGAAAUGAUGCCAAAGUUGAAGAGCCCGCUGUCCGGAUUACCAGAGCACGCGCCAGAGCUUCUGGGGCUUCGGCAGGUGUGUUACCGUCCUCGAAACCUUCCUUCAAACAUGAGCAGAAGCGUGUCACCAAAGUAAGUACAAAGAGACCAGCUUCAGAAGAGAACAAAAUGGGGGGUGGUGUUCAGUGUAAGAGGAGGACCGUGCUGCAAGAAGUGACCAACAUCUUAACUGAGCAUUCAGACGCUAACAGCACCAAUGCAACUAGAGCUCAGGCCAGCAAGCAAACUAGAAGAUGUCAGUCAAAGAAAAAUUCCAAGGUGGCUACUGACUUUCCUGUGGGAGCUCCAGAGGUUGAACAAGAGAAUAGGAAAACAAAACUGGUGGAGGAACCUUCAAAGUCCAGGAAGGCAGAAGCUCAAGGGAUUAAUCAGACAGAAAAGUUAGAUGUAAAGCAGCCAUGCAGGGUUCCUGUUCAAGUAAAGAACAAUGCAGAAAAUGCUGUCCUCCCAACAUGUCCUCCCACCAGACCUGCUGAGCGUGAAAAUAAAGAAGUGAGUAUGAGCUUUCAGAAAGAAGAUGCCUGCAAUAGUCUAGGCAUAGCGGACAUUGAUUCUGACUCAAAAGAUCCUCAGGACUGCAGUCAAUAUGCUCCUGACAUCUAUAAACAUAUGCUUGUUACAGAGCUUGACCAUAGGGCGCCAGCUAAUUAUAUGGAGACCUUGCAGAGUGAUGUCACUGCAAACAUGAGAGGAAUACUAAUUGACUGGCUUAUAGAGGUUGCUGAAGAAUAUAAGCUUGUUCCAGAUACCCUUUACCUUACUGUUAACCUCAUUGACCGAUCUCUCUCCCAAAUUUAUAUCGAGAAACAAAGACUCCAACUACUUGGUGUGACAUGCAUGCUAAUCGCAUCAAAAUAUGAAGAAAUCUUGGCUCCACGGGUAGAAGAGUUCUGCUUCAUCACUGAUAAUACUUACAAAAGAGAAGAGGUAUUGAAAAUGGAGAGGCAAGUUGUCGAUAUGAUGCACUUUAAUUUGUCAGUUCCCACCACUAAGACAUUUCUGAGGAGAUUCAUUCAAGCAGCGCAGACCUCUUACAAGGAUCCUUGUCUCGAACUGGAGUACUUGGCAAAUUACCUAGCAGAGUUGACUCUUGUUGAAUAUGACUUUAUAAAGUUCCUUCCUUCUUUAAUUGCUGCAUCUGCUGUGUUUCUGGCCAGAUGGACACUCAAUCAGUCAGUUCACCCCUGGAAUCCAACUCUAGAGCAUUACACUAAUUACAGGGCACCAGAGCUUAGAAGUACAGUACUGGCACUGGAAGAUCUGCAGCUCAACAUUAGUGGUUGUCCCCUCAAUGCCAUACGCGAAAAGUAUAGACUGCAGAAGUUCAAGAGCGUGGCCGAUUUGUCAUCUCCAGAACGAGUUCAAUCGCUGUUCGAAUGAUGAUAGGUGACCAUCUAGGUCUCUACAUUCUUAAACUUCACUGAAGAUGAUCCUGAUUUCCAACUGCAGUAACUUGUCAUCCAACUAGAGUUGGAUUUGUUCUUUCCUUUUAACUUAAUUUCACUCAAGUUACUAGUCAUAAGGUAAUGUCUAAUCUAAGUUAGUUCUGGUCCUUCCAGACCAAGUAAAGAUGAUCUCAUGAAGCAUACCACAAUAGGGGAAAUUAUAUACUUGGUAGGGGGGCAUAGAGAGGAAUAAAGUUUCAGACUUUUGAGGUGAGGGAGGAGGUGAGAUAUUGUAGAGAAGAGAGAAUCUGAGAUAAAUUUCUCAGGCCAUUUGUACUUUGUAUCUAAAAACCUUGUGAAUUUGUUCAGCCAAUCUAUGAUGUUUAUUGUACACAGUUUCAAAUGGCCAUUGGUAUUAAGGGAAUGCAUGCAUAAAUAGUCUUGUAAUGG